CCAGUACAACACGUUUUGCUCAAACACCAGCCCAUAUUGCUGCUUUUGGAGGACAUCCACAGUGCCUGAAUUGGUUGAUUCAAGUGGGGGCCAACAUAAACAAACAGCUAUGCAAAAAUAAGAAAUGGGGAAGUUUGUGUUGAGUUUUCAGAAAAGAAGGCUGGUGCAUUGAGAACAGCUGUGAGACACCAGGAGAAUUGUAGAAACAAUGAAGGUGACUGGAUGCAGAGGCUAUAGAUCGCAUCUUCUCCUUGAUACCAGACAAAAGUAACUUAUGCAAUAAGUUAUUGCUGCAUAGUGGUAGAAUCUUCAGAAGAGAAAAUACAAGAACUAUAAAUUCAUCUGGAGACCAGCUCGCUGACUGAUGCUGUACUUCAGACAGACAUAGUCACUGGCUAAUGCUUGUGUGAGGACAAGUGUUCCAUGGACACUGGAUACAAAACACAUGCUGAGAAAGAUCUGGGAAUACUUGAUAUUUAAACUAGUAAAACUUUCCUUCCAAACUGACUCCUGGUCACUGGCUACAGACUAACCCAUCACCUCUGGAAAAAGAAAAGGAUAGCUUCUGAAAAAGGAAUCCACUCGAGUCUCUCAGUCUUAACGUAAACCUCCGGUACUCAGUAGAAUUUGCAUGCACGCUUUCUCAUAUCUGCCCUGAGGUAUUGUAUUGUAGCCCAUGCCGCCUGCCCUGAAGUUUAGGAAAACUUGAAAAUGUUAUUUCAAUGCUGGUGACAGUUGCCCGGGACAUUUCUCAGGCAGCAGCAAUGAAGGACAAAGGCUGAAAACUGCUUGUCCCAGCUGUACCUUGCUCCCCAAAUAAGUUCUGUGAGUAUAUCCAUAUAUCCUGCGAUGCCCAGCCCUCUUAACUAACUGUUAUGUGCUGGCUAGAACCAUCUGUGUCUCUUUAUGAUCAGUGGGCAGUUCUUCACUCCCAGGAUCACCAUACAAAUCCACAGGAGAGAGCUAAUGUGUCAAGCAGUGAAAGUCCUGUUACUUUUUUUUUUCUUCAGUGGGCAGUGCCUGCUAAUGUUUCUUAAUAAUGUGACUGAAGACCUGCACUCCUCUAUCUGCCUGCUCUAGUUCACUGUGACAGCGCAAAGUACUUUUUGAUUAAAAUGCCUGUUACUUCAUUGAAAUAUACUUUCCCUCUAGCAUCAGCCUAUUAAACAUUCUGUUGUAUGUUGCUUGUUUUGAUUGGCCAAGAAAACCAGUUUUGUGUGGCCUGGCUUAAAGAAAAGGGGUAAGAAACACUGCAUCCUUACAGGUGAUGUUAACUUACCUUUCAUCCAGCCAGUCACCAUCAUGUGGCAGUGAUGGCAAAUAGAUUUAGGAGGGUUAGACUGCUCGUGCUAGCAAGAACUGUAAACACACUGGUAUCCUUGGUGGGGAGGAAGAAAACACUCAUUCCUUUGGUAUGUGCAGUUUUGUAUUUUAAACAAUAAUUUGGGCUAAAUCCAGAUAAAGUAUUCCAUCAGUUCUCAUCUGUACUCAGAAUUGAGAACAAGAAACUAUCAUGAGGUCAAAGCAUUUUUAGCAAAGAACGUGGAAAAAAAUACUCAGCAUUUUCCAGCUUCUACUUUAUGGCUUCAGAAAGGGUAGGGUGCUGGGUCUGAGAAAUCUGAACAGCUUUUGGAAAUGUGAUCAGCUGAUAGAACUGGAAAUUCAGUCGAGUUAAGGAAUGGAGUUAGUUCAUAUUUUUUGCCAGGUAAAAUAGUGCUUCUAUGUCUUAGUAAGAUACCUAUACUAGUGCUUGCUUAGAGUUGCAGUUUAACCUUGGUAGGCACCUAAGCACCAUAAAGCUGCUUGCUCAUUCCCUCCCCCAGAGGGUUGAGAGAGAGAAUCAGAAGAGAAAAGGGAGAAAACUCGUGGGUUUAAUAGGUAAAAAGGGAAACAAAAGAAAAUAGAGUGAUUAUAAGAAAAUUUUAUAAACUCCACACCACAAUCAAAAAAUCUGAUGACAGUUGCUCAACACAAGCUGAUGGAUGCUUAGCCAGUCCCCAAGUAAUGACAGCCCUGGCAAACGCCCCCAUCUCCCACCACUUGCUGAGUAUGAUGGCAUAUGGUAAGGGAUAUCCCUCUGGUCAGUGUGAGUCAGUGGUCCCAGCUGUGUCACCUCACAGCUUCUUGUGUGUCCCCCCCCCAAGCCCACUUCUAGGUAAAACGUUGUAUUGUCAACGCUCUUUUGUCCACAAAUCUAGAACACAGCACCAUACCAGCUACUGUGAAGAAAAUUAACUCUAUCCCAGCCAAAAACCUGUACAUGUAGUUGAAAGCUUUCAGUGUAAAUGUGCCUGGGGGCUUUUUGUUUUAAAAAGAAAUAUUUACAGGUAAGUUAAUAUCACUCACUGGUACCCCUUUCAUUAAGGAAAAAAAAAAGUAAAUUUAAUCAUAUCCAGGAACUUGAAAUAAAAAAUGGGAAAUCUGUUCUAAGUUCAACUGGAAGAUCCUAAAUCCAACAUAAAUUUGGGUCUAAAAAAAAACAGGAAGAGGGGAAAAUGGGGUAAAAAAUUACUUUAGACUGAAUUGAAAAAAUAACCACAUCUAAAAGAGGCCUGGUAAUAAGCACAAAGUUUGAAAAAAAUAUUUAAUCAGUAGAGGAAAUAUCUUUUCAGAUUGAGCAGCAUAGUGAGGAAGUGCAACUUGAAUAAUCAAGCUGAGAUAGAUUUACUGAGAAAAUUCAAGCCAAAAACUCAAAAGACUCUUCGGUUGCAUAAAUUAGAAAAGGAAGGAAGCGAGAUACUUACUUACUCAGUAAAGUGAAAUAGAUCUUAACGGUUAUCUAGUCAUGACCCCAAGAAAGAGAAGACUGUCAUUGUCUUUACAAAAGGACAGUCAUGCUCCUCCAAGGGAAAGGAAGAAGAUGUUUGACAGUGGCAGUGAAUUGCAAAAAAUAAAAGUGCCUAUGAUGUCUCAUGAUUCUCUUUGUCAUCUCUUCAGAAGCACUGUACACAAAAUCCUUAGUCUUUGCAUAAACAAAUAAACUUGUGUUAUUUUGAAUGCUAAAUUAAUAAAACUUAGUUGAUCUUUCUGCUCUAUUUACAGUGUGACUUCUGGAUUGUGAGACAAGUUUGGGCUGUUAGCGCAGUGUUAGAUCAGAAGGGUAAAUAGGACCCUGAAAAGUUCUGCUGUAGAUAUGAAAGGCCAUUACAAGUUAUUGAUAUUUCCCUUCCUGGAGUGUUAUUAUAAAAGGGAUUAUGUCAGACAGAAGCACGUAUGAGAACUGUGGACAAUGAUAAGGAUUAUGAGGUAUUGUCAGGGAUAAUUAGGAAUUUGUAGAGCCCCUCAAAAUAAAGUAAUUAACUUUGUUCCACAUAGCUAAAAAAGAGAUAAGAAAGAGGUGUCUUAUGCAUGACAAUGUGCUAUCAAUCUAGACCCCAAACUGCUCUCGGAAGCAUCUUGGAAAAGCCUUGUUAUAUUGCUUUUACUCUUUGGUUACAUCCACUCCAGUUGUUGAAUUGAAAUAGGAUUGUUCUGAGGCUCAUAGACUACUUUAUUUUCCUCUCUAUAUAUGAUUUUGUAUGUGUUGAAAAAUAAGUAAACUUUAAAUCUGUUGUUCAGUGGGAGAUAACUUCUUUUUUUUUUCCUUUCAGUCUGGCUCAUAACCCAGGGAGUUCUUUGUAGAGCUAGGGGGGCUGUUUCAGAAACUAUUUCAGCAAAAAUAGAUGUGGUUUCAUAGGAGAACUUCAAAAGAAGAUAAUGUUACUGAUGACUGAAAUUUAGAUGCUGUAAUUAAAACAAAUGCUAUAAAAACUAAAUCUGUAUAUUCAAUCACUCUCUAAGCAUUUUCCAAAUUCCUUAGGUUUAGAGAAGACACAAGUUUCUGGGCCAGUGAUUGCAAGACGCCCUUCUCAAGACAUAUAUUCUCUUUUGAGAUACUAACCUUUUUCUGCUUGUUGGUGACAGAAUUGUUAGCUGCUAUGAGCUUAGUUUAUUCUUGUAAUGCAAUGGUGAGGACUCCUUUUGCAAGCUCUUCUAAUCCUUCUAGUGUUUCCCCACCACAAUGCUUCAUAAUCUGGUUUUCUAGUUCUCAUUGUGGGCACCAUGCUAGGUUUUUGGGGCUAGUAAAAAUUUUUGUCAUCUUUGUCGUACGCAUAGCUAGUUGAGCUAACUUUCUCUAAACUGAACUUUAUGUUGGAUGAUUAUCUCUUAAGUUGGGGUCGGGACAAGUAUUUUUGUUCAAAAAGAGGCAAAUCACUUCUUUUCUAUGCUUCUUUAAUAAAAGGAAAGAGAACAAUAAAUAUUGGAUGAUGAUGAAUCAAAGACAGCUUCCAUGAUGGGAAAUUGUAUUACAGUAUGAAGAAAAUAUUCGUGAAAUAUUCCUAAAAAUAGUAAGAAUUUCCACAUAUGAUAGUUAAAAAAAUUGGGUCCUCUGUUAAACAUCUGUCUUCUCUAACUUCAAGAAAAGUUAUAAAUAGGAAAAAUGAUAUAAACUUCAUUGGAAAGCAGUCUUCUAUUCAUCAGCUACAGCCAGCAAUUUUGGAAAAAUAGCCUUAUAGCUGUUUUCUAAUCACUGAAGUCUCAAGGGAGUUAGCUUCUCUUUUCUGUAUCCAAACUUUGUGUCAGCCUCAGCAAUUUUCUUUAGUUUACAAUAAGGUGGUUCACUGUUUGGCUGAAUAUAUGUCUUAAGUAUUUGAAAACUGGCUUACACUCAGUGAAUUUUUAACUUGCUAUAAAAAUAUUUUACCGUGAAAGAAAAUUGGCAAGUAGAAAAUUGAGAGUAUAUAACACAUAAUCCAAAAUUCAUCUUCAAUUUAUAUUUACAUGGUCUAAAAGAUAUGAUUUAAUUUCUCAAAAGCUUGGCAGACAAUUUAAAUUUGUUACUUUCUUUCUAUCACGAUGGUAAUAUGAUCACAUAUUGAGUAUAUUCACAUUUCCAAUAGAGCUAAAGCAUAAUCAGUACUGUAGAAUUAGGUGCAAGCACCUUUGUAUAUGAAGCCUGGUGAGUCAGUAACGGUGCUGUGUUACUUUAAUAGCUAGUGUUGAUCUUUUAAUAAAAGGAAUGGGGAAGCAAAAGUGAGGCACAUAGUUAGAACAUGUUUAAUAUCAGUGGAGCAGACAAGUGAAGUCUGCCAAAACUUUGGAGGGGAUUUAAAAAAAGCCAACUUGCUCAACACAUUGAAAGUGUCGAGGGCUGUAAUAAAUUAAUCAAAUAAUAGACCAGCAGCUGAAUAUUUAUUUGCUGCUUCAAGGCCAUAUUUCAUUUCAGAUCUUCUUUGUGAUUCUUAAUACUGAUGGUUAAGUGCAAGUACUGAAUUUCAUUUGCAGCCUGUAGAUCACGGUGCAUGGGAUUUACCUGCUGCUUGCCGGUUGCAUUUAUAAAAUUGCUGUAGAUUUGUCUCUGUUAUCUGUGAAGAUAGUUUGUAGAGUGGAGUUGCCUGAAAAACAAUAUUCUACUCCCAGUAUGUUUGCACAUAAUGCAAAAUGAUUAAAUGAUUGGAUGUGCUGGUUAACAACAAAGGAAUGUAAAUGGAUAAAGACGGUCAGAAAAGCAGAGCAUAUAGGACAUGAGUCAGUGGGUAUGUCUCAUGAGAGAUCUGGCCUGUCCUGUGAACUCUUACAGUAGAGUUACACCUACAUAUUCCUUACCUGGUGAGUAUUUAUGGUGCAGUACAGUACUGCGUAAGUGUGUCAUCAAGAUCUGAAAUCUUGGCCACGCUGCUUCUGAAUUCAAGGCAGCUUGCUCAGCCCAGCAUAUUGGGAAACAAAAGUGCUAGGAAAUAAAGGUGUAAGAGUAACUUGUUAUGGGGUUAUGUGUGGCGGGGUCUUUUAACAAGUUUUGCUGAAUAUAAACUGCUGAUUGCCUAGUCACUGGAUAAGGCUUAUCUUGUGAGUUAGAUGCCCUUAGCAUUGUUUCUUGCUAAACAUCUAAUGUACAUGACAGCCUACUGCAAUGUUUAAAUAGUAAUAAAAUACCUGAUGCAUUUGCUAGCUAAUAAAUGCUGCUGUUGUAUAUCUGCUUUCUGAAUUAAAGUGAGUAAUGUAAAAAUAAGAUUUUAAUUUCUAGAAAGAUUAUGCUUGACAAAAUGUAGUUUGUCUUUACAGGAUUAUGUUGGCGAAACUCCUAUUCAUAAAGCAGCACGGUCUGGUAGUAUGGAUUCCAUAAGUGCCCUUGUGGCUCAUGGUGCGCAAAUAGACUUGAGAAAUGCCAGUGGCCUGACAGCAGCAGACCUUGCACAUACCCAGGGCUUCCAAGAAUGUGCCCAGUUUCUCUUGAACCUCCAGAACUGUCACCUGAAUCGUUUCUAUAGCAAUGGCACCUUAAAUGGGGUCCAUCAGAAUGCAGGUCCCAAUCCAUUCGGUGGUGGGACAAGUCGAAAGAGAUCCUUUGAAGAUACAGAGUCUGCUGGAGUAAAGAAGGCUAGAACGGAAGCUUACAGCUUUGAUGGCUUAAUACCAAUGAUGAACGGAGGAGUUGAGGACGAUGGUGACAAUAUGCACGUUGAUAGAGAGUUUGCCGUUGUAUCAGGUGUAUUUCUUAAUGCAGAUAUGAAUAGCAGUAGCUCCAUAUUGAAUGCACUGACAAAUGGAUGUGCCAUCAAUGGACAUUUGGAUUUCGCCGCCGCUGCACAACAGCUCAGUGGGAUGGAUGCCAGGCGUGAGGAGUGUUUAACAUUAACACCACCUAACGGGAUAAUUCCUGGAAUAACUUCUCCCGGUCGGCAUCGGAUUCACCCCAGUAACGGCACCGAGGAACCGGAGAAAGCCAUGAAUAGUUCCACCGACAUGUGUGGGUCUCUACAUCUGAACGGGAGCCCCAGUAGCUGCGUGUCCAACCGGCCCUCGUGGGUGGAAGACCCCGGAGAUACUUUGCACUAUGGACACUACCAUGGUUUUGGGGAUACUGCCGAAAGCAUCCCCGAACUUAGUAGUGUCGUUGAGCAUUCCAAUUCUGUCAAGGUUGAACAGAGCUACGAAAAUACUGUCCUAGGCACAAUGUAUUUGUAUCACGGUUCCUAGAUGAAUGACCUUUAUAUCAAACACAUAUUGAAAUUGCUACCAAAUGAAUCUUGGGGGGGGACACACAAAAUCCUCCCAUAGCAUUAAAUUUGAAGAUUGCAACUUAUUGCUAUUUUUACACUUUGUUUAUAUGAAAAGUAAACCUUUAAUUUGACAGCCUUGUACAAUAGUUGUAGUCUGUUGCAUGUAUGGGGCUUAUUUAGUGAUAAAAUAGGUGCUGUUAUGAUGGAAUGUUUAUUAUGUUCAUUUUUUUAUUAUGGAAUGUUCUGGUUUUGUAUUUUUUUAUUUCUAAGCUUGUGAACACUAUCUUUCCCUUUUUAGAGCUGUUUUCCCUUUUAUUAAAACGAUGUUUAACUGAAUUUUGUGAAGAAAACGUUACGUAUGUGCAUCACUUAGAAGUAAAGGUUGGGUUUUUUUUUUUCUUUUCCGUAUCUUCUGCUGAAGCUAUGGUAGCAAUAUCAACGCCAGCUAUCACUAUGCAAGGGUGAAAAGUGGCAAUCUUCUGGAGCUUCUCCGACUUUCUAGUUCGUCCGUUGGUUUGGUAUAAGUAGCUGUUUCCCUUCUGGUUUGUUUUUUUUUUCUGAACGAGUCGUUUGAAAGCGCAGAGGCGGCGUUGGAAGAAGUCAACGCUCUCAGUUUCCGUAGAGUAGAAGUGCUUUUCGUUGUUGGUGGGCUCUUUGCGUUCCAGAGUGGGGCAGGUGGGCUGCCUUCCUUUGGCCAACGGUUGGGUUGGGUGCGUGCCCCAGGUUAGCUCUGAAUUCGUGGUGGUUUUCUUUGGCUUCUCUCCUUUUGAUACCUACGCUUGAUAUUUUACCAUAGCUCACAGACCGGGGGGCAUGUUGGCACUGUUCUGCUUCGUACGCGGUUUAAAAAUUGCUGUUACUUGUUAUAGGGUUUGCCGAGUCAAAAUAUUUGAGUUUGACUGUCUUGGAUAUACAUUUAUUGUCCUUUUUUUAAACAUACGCUUUGGAAAUGUAAUGUUGUGUACUCUUUGGGCUACGCUCACGGAAAAUACAUUGUAUUUAAAGCUUAAUACACGAAAUUCAUAUAAGUGCACUAUAUGAGCACUAAUAAUAUAAGUUGCUGCUUUGUGUUAUGGUAAGUGGAGAGUGGGGAAAAUAUGGUAAACGAGAUAAGCCCUCUGAAUUGUGUUGGGUUUUUUGUUCUUGUUUUGUUUAAAAAGGGACCUUUACAAAUUGGAAUUUAAUAAAAAUAAACAUAUUACAUUGUACCUGAA